CUUUCAUGCCUCCUUAUAAAGCUUUUAAUCACAGCACCUUUUCUGUCAUUAUUUUCAUCCCCAUGAUCUUCACGAGAGCAAUAACUGUCUCUACCACUAAAAUAGCCCAGCAACUCAAUCAAAACAGCUGUGAGAGAAGUCAGAUUGAAGAGUCCUCCCACUGUGGCUGCGAGGAGAAGAAUGCAAAAUUUUAUAUGUCUCGUCGCAAGACGUGUAGGCGGGUCGACUCAUCAAGUUCUUGAAAUAGUGUACACACAAGGAAAAGCACUUGCCAUUAAUUGAACUUUAAAUAAUCGUCUGGAGUCAGGAUCACGAUUUGGGAAAAUGGACACAUCACUUGACUGUCUGUUAUGGAAAAGGCUUACUUUUUCAUCUGCUGAGAUAUCUUUAUGAUAUAUACUAAUAUACAUGCUUUUACCAGCGGGAUUCAGGCAAUGAGAAAGCAGGUGAUUGUGAGAGGUAUACUCUAUCACAGACAGUGAUACCAUGAGGUCAGUUCCCUUCGAACCAAAGAAGUACACCCCCGCUUCAGUUUUCACGCUUGUUCUGCUCUUGAUUCUCCAUGAAGGAGCAGUUGCCAAAACCAAAGUUUAUGUCGUUCACCUGGGAAGAAGGCAACACGAGGACCUAGACCUGUUAACUCGAACCCAUCAUGAAUUGCUCACUUCAGUCCUGGGAAGUGACGAAGCAUCGGAAGAUUCAAUGAUUUACAGUUACAAACACGGGUUCUCCGGGUUUGCGGCGAAGCUGACGGAAACUCAGGCAAAAGUAAUGUCAGAGUUGCCUGCUGUGGCCUCCGUCAUCCCUAAUUAUCUUUAUAAGCUCCAAACAACUAGAAGUUGGGACUACCUUGGAUUCGCUUUGGAUUUUCCCACCGAUGUUCUUCAUGAAUCAACUCUGGCACAUAAUCUCACCAUCGGUCUCUUUGAUGGAGGAAUAUGGCCCGAGUCAGAGGUUUUCAAUGACAAAGGGCUGGGGCCUAUCCCUUCUCGCUGGAAGGGUACUUGCGAUCCGGGAGAGUUCUUUGAUCCUGUGAGAGCAUGCAACAGGAAACUAAUAGGGGCGCGGCAUUAUGUUAAGGGGCUUGAAGCAGAAUAUGUGAAACCACUGAACACAUCCGGGCAUGGCGAAUACUUGUCACCACGGGAUGGCAGUGGACAUGGGACCCACGCUUCCACCAUUGCUGGGGGCUCCAUCACUCCUGGUGCAAGUUUCCAUGGCUUGGGAUUCGGCACAGUGAGGGGUGGGGCCCCUAGUGCCCGACUAGCAAUGUACAAAGUUUGUUGGAACGUUCUUGGGGGAGUUUGUGCAACCGCUGAUGUUCUGAAAGCCUUUGAUGAUGCGAUACAGGAUGGGGUAGAUGUAAUAUCGCUAUCCCUCGCUCCAGAAAUCCCGUCAUUCUCCGAUGUGGACAAACGUAGCCCCAUCCUUUUUGGGUCUUUCCAUGCUGUUCUCGAAGGGAUUGUGGUUGUUUGUGCCGGUGGAAAUGAUGGUCCAAGUUCCCAAACGGUCCAGAAUGCUGCUCCCUGGGUUAUUACAGUUGCAGCUAGUAGCAUGGAUCGUUCAUUUCCGACGACUAUCUCACUUGGAAACAAUCAAACUAUAAUGGGUCAAGGGCAUUAUACGGGAAAGGAUGUGGGAUUCCUCAGCCUGGUCUACCCAGAGGUCUCAGAUCUCAAUGAACCUCGCUACUGUUCAUCUCUAUCAGAAAGUGAUGUCAGUUGGUUAGUUGGUAAAGUUGUGCUCUGCUUCACCUCGGAAUCUGGUGUAGACGCGAUAACGUAUCCCGGUUCUUCUGUCAAAGAAGCUGGUGGUUUGGGGCUGAUAGUUGCGAAGAGACCGACUGCUUCGUCAUACUCAUGUGGCAAUAGCUUUCCAUGCGUCCAAGUCAGCUACGAGUUUGGGUUUCAGAUCCUCUCAUAUAUCCGGUCGACCAGGUUCACUGACUACUUUUACUCAUCGAAGUCAAUCGAUCCAUGCAUUAGAAUCAGCCCGUCUCAGACCAGAGUUGGGAAACCCUUGCCGGCGAACGUGGCUUACUUCUCAUCCCGAGGACCCAAUUCCAUCGCCCCGGCAAUUCUGAAGCCUGACAUAGCAGCCCCCGGUGUAAAAAUAUUAGCAGCAGUUCCUCCUGAUGAGAAAUCAUCGACUACGAAUACCAGUUUUAGAUUUCUAUCGGGAACCUCCAUGGCAACUCCUCAUAUUUCCGGAAUAGUUGCCCUCUUGAAAUCUCUGCACCCGGAGUGGUCCCCUGCUGCCAUCAAAUCUGCAGUCAUAACAACAGCUCGGACUACUGGCCUAUAUGGAGAGCCAUUAUAUGCGGAAGGAGACCCGAUGAAGCUCGCCGAUCCAUUUGAUUUUGGAGGAGGAAUUGUGGACCCCAACAGAGCUGCAGAUCCGGGUUUAGUGUACGACAUGGGUGAGUCCGACUAUAUAGACUACCUCUGUGCUAUGAGUUAUAACGAUUCAUCCAUCUCUCGGCUCCGAGGACAUCGCACGUCUUGCCUUGGUUACCCCGGCUCCAUUCUAGACAUAAACCUUCCUUCCAUAUCCAUCCCGCACCUGGAAGGUUCGGCAACUCUGAGGAGAACGGUUACUAAUGUCGGUCCCAUUAAUUCCACGUAUAAUGCUGUUGUUCAGUCUCCUCCUGGGGUGACUACAUCAGUAGAACCGGACACGCUGACCUUCAACGCCGAGAUUAAGGAAAUCUCAUUCAGGUUGAUGGUUUCCGCGGUCAGCCAAGUGUACACCGGAUACGGUUUCGGAAGUCUGACUUGGACUGACGGGGUUCAUUCUGUACGAAGCCCGAUAGCUGUGCAAGUUGGGGGCGAGGAAUUCUAUGAUUGAUAUUGGCUAAGAUAUUGAUCAUAUGAAUUUGUCAAAUGAGAAAUAAAUACCUAAAUUCUGAAUUUCAAUGUUAGGAUGUGAAUUUCAAAGGAACAUGUAUCGAUCAUUCCAUUGAGUUCUUAAAGUCCUAAAACUAUAGACUGGGCUCCUCUGGACACCUUCUCUCAAUAUAAUAGUCAGUUCAUAUUUUUCAGUA